UUUUUAUCUUCACGCCUUCCAGAAAAUAUGCUUUUCUGCUACCUGUAACGACGUUACUGUAAAUCAAAAGUUAAUUUCCUUCAGUUAGCAAUAACAGUGUUUUAAAUAAACAACUAUUUCUUGUUCAGUUCAGAACUUUUAUUUAGAUUAAAUACGAUUUCAGUAUGGGUAAAAUGAAACUGGGAUACUGGGACAUUCGUGGGAGAGUGGAAGCGAUUCGAUACGCCCUUGAAUAUGCCGGGGCUGAAUAUGAAGAAAAAUUGUACACGAUGGGUGCGGACCCACCCCAUGAUCGCAAAGAAUGGAUACUAGACAAGGAAGUUUUGCGCAAACAGGGGCUUAUAUUUUCUAACCUUCCCUAUCUCUUUGAUGGAAAUGUGAAGAUGACAGAAUCAAUGGCAAUUCUAAAAUAUGUUUGUUCAAAAUAUGGGAUGAUGCCGAAGGAUGACGAUCAGUCUCGGGCUACAGCCUACAAUCUGGAAGGUGUAAUGAUAGGAUUCACAAACACGUUUUAUGGAGAGUUUUUCGUCCCGCCUGAACAGUACGAAGAAGCAUUGAAGACUUUUCGAGAAAAGACGUUUCCUGAAUUUGUGGGGGGCGCAAUUAAAAUCAUGGGCGACAAAAAGUGGCUUCUUUCCAAUGAGAUCACAUAUCUGGACUUCCAAUUCUACUCUUUGCUGAAGAAAAUAUGUUGUCUCAACGAAAAUUGCUUACAACCAUUUCCAAGAUUGAAAAAAUAUGUUGGAGAUUUUGAGGCUAUUCCUUCAAUAAAGAAGUAUCUUGCUUCCGGAAGAUUCCGAAAAUAUCCAAUCACUGCUCCAGUCGCUCGAUGGGGGUCCAGAGAAGAAUGCAGAAGUCGCAAAUGAAGACAAUGAAUCUGCAGUUGAAACUAAAAAUAUAAACCAAAUAUUUUGUCAUUUUUGGAAUAAUAUAGAUAAUAAAAUGUACCUUGAGAAAA